AAAAAAAUUUUAGGAAUCACCCGGACAAAAAAAGCCACCCCGCCGUUAGUACCGCCGUCGCCGCCGUGGACACCACCAUGGAAAAACUACUCCAACGGAUUCAGACGCCAUCGAUCUAUUUAAUGGGCCAACCCUCACCGCCGUGCACGCAACCUUUCGGCUAGAAACCACUUCACGUGCCGCCUCUGUCGGGCGCGUGGGCCCACGAACCAUCGUCCAUUUAUCUCACUGCCCAUCCCAUCCGCUUCUACGCAUUGUCGCCUGUCCAACCGUCUCACCUUCUGGUCAUCUGCCGCCGCACGUGCCGCCCAUGCCGCCGGACAGUAACCUUCAAAAUUGUCAAAUCUGUACAGCAGUGCAAAUCUGUCCGUCGACCCUUUACAGCAACCUUUCUUCUAUAGGAACGGGGCUGACCAACACCAUAACAGAUCGGGGUUUGAAGCGGGCGAGUCAUCGGCACCCUCCGGUUAUGGACAGCCAUAUGUUCGUGGUCUCGGGAUUAAUCAAACCUACAGGAGAGCUGUUUUUGAAGUUAGUACAUUCUUGGCACAAAUCGAUCUACCGAUGUAUUCCAAGAACCCGAUAAUUUCGCUUCCUAACGUGCCUUCAAAUUAUAUAACUAACUCUGUUGCCUUUAGUGCUCGAUCCUUGACCCAUGAUAAUGGAAAACGAAUUCUCGUUUGUGAGCAUUGCAAGAAACAACGGCAUACCAAGGAUCGGUGUUGGAAACUCCACGGUUGGCCCCUGAGAGGUAACAAAUGCUCCUCCACCGAGCAACAGAACUCAGGGCGUAUUGAUGUUAGGGAGAUUGCCAGCACUUCUCAGCCCAUUGGCCCUACUGCUAGUCAAACCAGCUCUCCUACUCUAAGCGCCAUUGCUCAAUCAGGACUUGAAUUCGGGGAGGACGAUUGACACUGCCCGGCAUAGCAAGGGACUUUACAUCCUUAAUAAUGAUACCUUCGGUAGUAGUAUCUCUACGACUAGUUUACUGUCUUCCUAUUUUAGCACCUCUAAACAUGACUUUAUGUUGUGGCAUUUUCGGUUAGGUCACCCGAACUUUACAUAUAUGAAAUAUUUGUUUCCCCAUCUUUUUCUUAAAAUAGAUGUCUCCUCGUUAUCUUGUGAUGUGUGCAUUCGGGCAAAACAACAUUGUGUUCCUUUUUCCCUCACAACCAUAUAAACCCACACAACCGUUUACCCUUAUUCAUAGUGACGUUUGGGGUCCCUCCAAGAUCACCACCUCAUCUGGGAAAAGGUGGUUUGUAACCUUCGUUGAUGAUCAUACCCGUCUUACCUAGGUCUACCUUAUCCCUGAUAAAUCUAAGGUUUCUGCUAUUUUCCAAAACUUUUAUCACACCAUUGAAACACAAUUCCAUAAAAAUUGUUAUUCUUCGGAGUGAUAAUGGUCGGGAAUUCCAAAACCAUAACCUUAGUGAAUUUCUAGCCUCUAAGGGGAUUGUUUACCAAAACUCGUGCGCCUACACUCCUCAACAAAAUGGAGUGGCCGAGCGAAAAAAUCGUCACCUUCUGGAAGUAGUCCGUUCCCUUAUGCUUUCCACUUCCCUUCCUUCAUACCUGUGGAGAGAUGCUAUUCUUACAGCAGCUCAUUUAAUCAAUAGAAUGCCUUCUAGUAUCCUCCACCUUCAGACUCCCUUAAAAUGUCUUAAGGAGUCCUACCCCUCUACUCGUCUUGUUUCAGAGGUUCCUCUUCGUGUGUUUGGGUGUAUCGCUUAUGUUCAUAGUUUUGGCCCUAAUCAGACCAAAUUUACCAAUCGGGCUCAGACUUGUGUGUUUGUUGGGUAUCCGCCUUACCAGCGUGGUUGUUUUCACCUGUUGUCCAGGAAAUACUUUGUCACUAUGGAUGUUACUAUCUUUGAGGACCGACCCUAUUUUUCCGUUAGCCAUCUUCAGGGGGAGAGUGUGAGUGAAGAGUCUAAUAGCACCUUUGAGUUUAUCGAACUUACUCCUAGUACCAUGUUUGACAUUGAUCCUCACCCUAUAAU